AAGAUACUUCUGCAGGUGACCCAACUUAGCAUUUUGAACUUCUGGGCGAUCUCUUUCCUGUUUUGUGUCCGCCGGCGUCGUUGCUCAGCGGGAUGUUGGUGACGUCUUUUUUAAUAAAGGGCAGCUUGUAGGGCGCACACAUGGUUCUGGACUCACAACACCUUUUUCAGCCGCAAUCAUCAAGCGGCCAGUCGGUCUUUAGGCGGCUAACGUUUGUUCCGGCCACCAAGCCUGAUGCGCAUUCCGCACCCACCGGCGUUGACCUGACACCCUUAAACGAGACACCUCAGAUGCCCGCGCUUCCGGCCGGUAAGGCCGGCCCAGGGCCGUCAUCGCUGGCCGCAGCUGCGGCUGCAGGCCCUAAACGCCAGCGGGAGCUUUUUAGAGAAGCAGAUGUUGUGCUUCAGUGGACUACUGUCCGCAACCGGGGAGCUGGAUUCCACAACCUCGGCAACACAUGCUUCAUGAACAGCGUCCUACAGGCCCUGGUGCACACGCCUCCCCUUGCGGAGCUUUUCCUCAGCCAAAAGGGAGAACGGCUAUUAGCGGAGGUAGCAGCCGGCGGUGGCGGUGGCGGUGGCAGCAACGACCCAGUGGGCCUGACGCUCCAGCUGGUUCGCCGCUGCUUCACCACGAUGGUCCUGUCACCCAAGGGCCACGCGCAGAGCCUGAGGCUCAUCAACAAACGGUUCCGUUUGGGCCGCCAAGAGGACAGUCACGAGUUCCUGCGCUGCCUGCUGGACGCCAUGCAUGAAGCCUGCCUGCGCCGCUUCAAACCCAAGCCGCCGCCCGAGCUCGCCAACACCACCUUUGUGUACCGCAUCUUCGGCGGCAGGCUGCGUAGCCAGAUCGAAUGCGAGGGUGUCGACUACGUAAGCCGCACGUACGACCCCUUCCUGGACCUGAGCCUGGAGAUCAUCCGCGCGCCCACCCUGGAGCGCGCGCUGGGCUCCUUCACGGCGCCCGAGGUGCUUGACGGCGCCAACAAGUACCGCUGCCCCAAGAACAACAAGCUGGUUCGCGCCGUGAAGCGCAUCAGCGUGGAGGAGGCGCCCAACGUGCUGACGGUGCACCUGAAGCGCUUCGAGUACGGCGGUUUCGGAGCCAAGAUCAACCGCAAGGUGGACUUCCCCACGCAGCUGGACCUGCGGCCGUACAUGAGCAACGCCAAGGGCUCCAAGCAGUUGUACGACUUGUACGGAGUGCUCGUACACCACGGCCACACCGUCAACAGCGGGCACUACAUCUGCUACGUGAAGGCGGCCAACGGGCUGUGGCACGUGUGCGACGACCACCGUGUGACCGCCGUGGGUGAGCGCACGGUGCUAGAGCAGCGAGCCUACAUCCUUUUCUACAUCCGCCGGCACCCCCGCGACCCCGCCGUCGCCGCGGCGCAGCAGGCGGUGCAGAGCCUCAUGCGCGCCUCGGUCUCCGAAGGCGCCCUGCCCAAGCCUGCCAUUUCGGCGGACGCUGGCGGCGGCAGGCUGGCGCAGGAGGCGGCGGCGGACGGAUCAGCGACGCCGGUAACCGCGCCGGCUGGGCUGGCUCGGGCGGCUCGGGCGGUGCAGGAGGAGGCGUCGGUACAGCGGCCGGCUAAGCGCGCUAAGAAGGCAGCGCAGGCGGAGGAGGUGACGCCAGCGGCGCCCAAGCUACCGGCGGUGCCGGUGGCGGCGGCUCCGGCGGCGAACGGUGGGCUUGCGGUGAAGGGGGCCGCUGCUAAGCAGCAGGCGGCUGCUCACCCGAUCCACGCGGCCCCUGGGUCGUUCCUAGCGAAAAUGAUUGACAACCUGCAGGACCUCAAGCGCGGAAAGCCGGGUGCUAAGCUCGACAAGGAGGGUCUGCUGCCGCGGGUACCCAAGCUCAAAGCCAAGGUCACACAACAACUGGCCCAGCAGCAGCACCCGGAGGUGCAGGAGAAGCAGCAGCAGCAGCAGCCAGAGGCGGGAAGCCAGGCGGCGCAGCAACAAGCGGAUGUUGGUGGGGACGUGGCGGGGAGCACGCCGGCGCCGUGCGGGCAGCGGCACGCCGGAAUGGCGAGCGCGAAUGGGGACGCGGAGGAGACUGGGACUGGGACGGCUGCAGCAGCUAGCGUGGGCGACGGGUUAGCAACCGCCGCGGAGCAUUCGUUGCUACUAUCCAAUGGCAAGGAGCACAGAUCCGCGUCAGCCCUGAAGCGUCUGCACACCUCACCAGCGUUGAUGCGGGGCCACAGCAGCGUUUGGUACGCAGCCGCGGGCCGUCUGCGCCACAAUGCUGUCGCUAAGUCCUCGACCGCCAACCCCGGCAAGAACAUUGCGGAUGCGGGCACUCCUGGGACUUCACGCGUCGCGCUGACGCCGCACACGGAAGGCAAGAAGGAGGCCGGGCUUCCACCGUUGGCGCCUGCCAACGGCUACGUGGAGACAAGCGCAUCCGGGCGAACGAAAGACACUCGGCCUGAGGCGGCAGCGGGGCUCAAACGGGCCAAGCGGCUGGGUGCGAUGGCAUCAGAGCAUAUCCAGGCUGCUGCUGCUGUUGCUGGAAGUAGCCAGGGAAAGGAGGAGGGCAAGGAGGUCGCGCCGCGGCAAGCCGGCGUCAAGCGGCCGCGGAAGGAGCAGUCGGAAGCUACCGAGGUCGGUAACGGUCAUGAAGCUGGGGACAGCGGCGCGGCAGGCGCUGCUUCUGCUGCUGCCGGAAAGGCAGGCGAGCGGCAUGAGGACGGCCCAGCCAACGGCAAGGCCAAGGACGCUGAGGAGCUCCAGCAGCAGCUUACGAAGAAGCAGCUGAAGAAGCUUCGGCGGCACCAGCAGCAGGCGGAAGACUCCGCGGCCGCCACCCCCAUGGACGUUGCUGAUACACCGGCAUCCGUGCAGCCAUCUUCCAAACCGCAGAAGGAAGCAGUUCCUUCCGCCAAGCCGCAAAAACUUGCAGCAGCCACACCGACCGUCCGCCCACAGGCUCAGCCCUCGGAAAGUCCGAUGGUCAUUACGGGGGCAGACGCCAUUGCAUGGCUGACUGGCGGCGCGCCUGGAGCAGCUGGCAUGGGCCGAGACCGCAAGAAGCCUGGGCUCGGAGGCAGCGGCCAUGCAGACGACGGCGCCGCUUGGGACGAGGAGGCGGGUGGCAACUCAGAGCUCCGGCGACAAGCGGCGCAGAUAAACCGGGAGCUUGCGGGCACCAAGCGCCGUACACCUGCCGGCGGGCGCGAUUACGACGAGUGGGACGAGGAGUACGACAAGGGCCGUACGAAGAAGAUCCGCAGCAAGGAUGGCGAGGAUGGUGAUGAAGACGAUGGCGAGGGUCGUCGGGGUUCGCUGCUGCGCGGUCCUGGGAACAUGUUCCAGAAGGCUGCUAGCGAGGGCUGGCGCAGCGACCAGAAGAGCGGACCCGGGGGGCCGCAGCGGGGUCGCAGCCCCGGUGGCCGGGGCCGCAGCCCGGGCGGCCGGGGCCGAAGCCCGGGUGGGCGUGGUCGUGGAGGCUUUGGGGGGCGCGGUCGUGGAGGUUUUGGGGGGCGAGGUGGCGGGGGUGGUCGUGGGCGUGGUGGAGGACGAGGGGGAGGGGGCCGUGGGCGUGGAGGAGGGCGAGGCGGCGGCGGCCGUGGACGGGGACGUAGAUGAGUAGUUCUUGGGGCCAGGGGUCUUGUGAUGAGCGUAGUCGCCAGGAUACAGAACUGUACAUGAACAGGAAUUAGGCAUAUAGGUGGUGAGCUGUACCACUGCAUAUAGCACAGGCAGAGGUAAAAGGGGGAAAUGCAGAUAGAACAGCUUAUGUACUGUCUCGUCGGUCGUUGUGGUCGUAUUUGCCGCACGGUACUGUGCGCAAAGAUCAUGAGGAUGUUCAACUUCUUUGAAUUGCAUUUGCAUUUGUGGUCUGCUUCUUUGAACUGAGAGGACACGGAAAAUUUGCAAGGCGUAUACAUUGUCCGACUCUUUACUGCGUUAGUGGCCCGGAUCAUGCUAGCAGGAUGGUUUGGAGGUCUCCCCUGGAACUUGGUUGUGUUUUUGCAUACUGCAGCCUACGUGUGACUAUGGCAUCCAUCAUGUCCUGCCGUUAGGAGCUUAUAAUAGGAACUGUAAGGUGG